GGUAAUCAGUGUUACGUAUGAAGUUAGCGACUGAGGUUAUAAUUGACAUUUUCGUCAAAAUAGGAUUUUUGACGUUCCCAACGAAAAUAGAAACCGUCUUGACGUCUAGAUUAUCGAUUUUUGCGUAUCAAUGGUAUCUAAAUUGUUUGUUUUAUGCGAUUUAACAAGCACUAACUUGUGCCUUUAUCUACGUAACUUUGUCCACGAUCUUAGAAACGAAGGUAUGAAACACAAAAGGAUGUCUUUGCUUUAAAAAAAAUCUUACUUGAAAUAUAAAAAUCCACCACCAAAAAAAUAAAAAAAAAAUGUUUAAAAAUUCAUGACAAACAAAAGUUAAACUAAAACUUUAACAAGACGUAAAGUGCUCCUUUUCAAAAGCAAAUAAUACAAACUUUAAUUGCUUAUAAAAAAUGCUAACAAUGAAUGACAACUCCGAACAAAAAUGGAUCUGUGAAUAUUGUACCUACGCAAAUUAUCCAUCAUCCCUUAAAUGUACCAUGUGUCGAGGCCCCAAACCUUUCCUUAGCGAAAAUAUUUACAAAUUAAAUGAUGAAAAGACGCAUCAUUCAUCAUCAAAUACGCAUACAGGGACGUCUGCAAGUAGUUGUGAACGUCUUGCGUUAAGAAAUUCGUGGUCCUGCGAAACCUGUACUUACAUCAAUCACUCCAGGGACAGUGUUUGUAUACAAUGUGGGUCUCAAGCGCCCAUUUCCACCAACAACAUCCAAGAACACGUUCAACCAUUAAAAAUAAGUCAACAUUCUGAUGUGGCUCAGUCACUAUCAAGAUCUCGUAAUAACAGUCCCCCAGCAAGUAUAAUCAACAUAGAAAACUCAAAAAAAGCCCCUCCAAAUUCCAAAUGGAGCUGUCCUACUUGUACCUAUGAGAAUUGGCCAAAAUCUUCAAAAUGCGCAAUGUGCGGAACUAUUACCAACAAUCAUCAACCAGAAAAAGAACCUAUAAUAGAACCAUCAGAAAAUGAGGAUGAUCGUUUUCGAGCUUCCCCAAAUAUUUUAGACACAUCACCAAGUCCCAUUAAUAAUCCCAAUAAUUGUGAUUAUGAACGUAAAAUACGAAACUUGCGUCGUAAAGCCGAUUGGAAUUGGUUAAACGCUUGUAUAGGGAUCAUUGAAGGCGAUCCAAAUCCCGUUGAGGCAUACUUAUCCUCCGGGGGAGAUCCCGCGAGGACUUUAACCGCUUCCGAAGUCGCUAUAUUAAACAGAUCAUCAGCCUUUGAUGUGGGACACACGUUAGUUCAUCUGGCGAUAAGGUUUCAACGUGAAGAUAUGCUCGCUAUUCUUCUCUCGCAAAUUGAAGGUUCCGGUUCGGGGGUAAAACGAGUACCUAGUUAUGUAGCACCUGAUUUAGCCGCGGAUAUACGAAGACAUGUUACGUCGACGAUUCGACAACGUAAAGGCAGCUUUGCUUGUAAUUUUGUUACAGAAUUAACUACAUUUUCAUUACCAGCAGAAAUCGAAUUAUUGCCAACACCAGUUCAAGAACAACUUUUCACUGAACUCUUGGACAAAGACGCCCAGGAACAAUUAGAAUCUGAACCAGCGGUUAUAAAUUGGUCCCUAGAAUUAACAGUUAGAUUGGGUUCGAGAUUAUAUGCGUUAUGGAAUCGUUCGGCCGGCGAUUGUCUUUUAGAUUCAGUGAUGCAGGCCACUUGGGGUGUUUUCGAUCGUGACAAUACCUUACGACGGGCGUUGGCCGAAAGUUUGAGUCAAGGUGGACACAUGUUUUAUCCCCGAUGGAAGGAAUAUGAAGCCUCUCAAGCCUCAUUUCUACAAUACUCAUUAGAAGAGGGACAAUGGGAAGAAGACUGGACAAGUUUAUUGUCUCUGGCGAGUCAACCAGGUACAAGUUUAGAGCAAUUACACGUUUUUGCGUUGGCGCAUAUUCUGAGACGUCCCAUUAUUGUGUAUGGGGUAAAAUAUGUGAAGAGUUUUAGGGGUGAAGCUUUGGGUUAUGCAAGAUUUGAAGGUGUUUAUCUGCCUUUAUUAUGGGAUCAAACCUUCUGCAUUCGAACGCCAAUAGCUUUAGGUUACACUCGGGGACACUUUUCUGCCCUUGUUUCAAUCGAGCCAUGUUCUUCAUCUGUGCUCAAUUCGCGACAGAACACGCAACAUUCGAAUAACAUUGGAAGUGAUCAGCUACACAGUACCUAUCUUCCUUUAGUUGAUAGAGACAGAAAAUUGUUACCUAUUCAUUUUCUAGUUGAAUCUGAGCUUGGUAGAGAAGAAACCAUCUUAAGACAAUGGUUGGAUGUAUGUGAAACUGAAGGUGGAAUUUUGGUAGCUCAACAGUUUUUGCAUAAAAGGCCGCUUUUAGUGGCUCAAAUGGUGGAAGAGUGGUUGAACCAUUAUAGGCGGUUAAUGCAAAUGACUACAGCACCUUUUGUACGUCCGAUACCAAUUCAAGAUUAUUCUAGUGAAGGGGAUACAGAUGAUGAAUAACGCAGACUCAACCCUCUUAGGCUUGGUGGAGGCCACCCGAAAUAGUCUCAUUUAUUAUUAUUUUAUUAUACAUUUCAUUUCUCAAAGAAUGUUACAAACUACUUACAGAUGUUCUGGUAUAUAAAAAAUGAGUUUUUAAAACGGGGUUUAAGGAGUAAUAAUCGGUAGCUUAAUACAGGGUGAUUUACGAAAGAAUCUGUUUGGAAUCGAUUAUUUUACUCAUAAUACAACAACAAUUAUCUUUACUCGAGUUUUUUCAUGUUUUGAUAGUUGAUUUAAUAGGUAUUUUGUUGUUUAAUUAUUAUUAUUUUGCUUGCAAUUUUGCAUUUUUCUUUUUGUUGUUUUCAUUGAAAAAUUAUAAACUGUUAUAAUUAUAAAAUUUGGUUUUAGUUGGUUUUUGAAUAGUCUUAGGAAAAAAGAUGUGAGUGCAAUAAUUCAAAAUAAAAUGCGUCACCCUGUA